AUGUCGGAUGACGAAGUGGAUUUAGCGCCGUUACUACACAAUAUCGAACUGCCGGGCAACACAAGAAUGUCGGGAAUAAUCGGCGGAAUCGGUGAAUACGAUCAAAAUAGUGAGACGUGGUCGUCUUAUAUCGAGCGCUUCGAACUAUUCAUCGAGUGCAACAAUAUUAAGGAGGAGAAAAAGGUUAGCACGUUAUUAACUGUUGCCGGUGUAAAAACGUACAGUCUAUUACGGGAUUUAUGCACGCCCAAUAAGCCGUCUACAAAAAGUUUUGACGCAUUAGUAUCUUUGAUUCAAGAUCACUUGUAUCCAAAACCAUCGUUCAUAGCCGAGAGGUACAAGUUCAGCAAGAGGAUUCAGCACGAAGGUGAAUCAGCAGCAGACUACAUCGCCCAGUUAAGAAAGAUGUCCACCCAUUGUGAAUUUGGGGCAGUUUUAAACGAUUACCUGCGAGAUCGUUUAGUCUCCGGAAUUAGAAAUGAAGCAACAAAACAAAAACUGUUAGGAGAAUCCAGCUUGACAUUUGACCAAGCAGUUAAAAUCAUCACGUCAGCAGAAGCCGCUGAGAAGAAUGCAGCAGCCUUGGCGAUCAACGGAAGCCGCAACGCCGAGCGACUACAAAAGAUGACAGCUCAUCACCGCAGUGUAACAGCUGGGAGCAGAGCAUCGGCGGGUGCCGGCGGCGCUACCACACCUGGAAGUCACCACCACAACACCAAAAGCAGCGCUUCGCACGACUACAAAGUGCAGUGUUCGUGUUGUGGUAAUGUGGGCCAUUUGCGUCAUCAGUGUCGAUUGCUUGGUGUUACGUGUAACGCGUGUGGAAAAAAGAAUCACAUUGCUAAGUUAGCCGUAGAUGCUAGUUCAGUUGGCUUGGGAGCCGUCCUAAGUGUUAUCUCACCAGGUGGUAUAGAGAAACCAAUAGCCUAUCAGUCACGCACACUCUCACAAGCUGAGCGGAACUAUUCACAGAUAGAGAAAGAAGCUCUGGCUAUCAAAGAUCCAGUUUUAAGUAAAGUGUAUGGCUACAUUAUACACGGUUGGCCUAAUGUCAUUCCUGAGGGAAGCGAAGAGCUUACCCCGUAUUUCCAGAGACAGAACGAACUGACAGUUGAAUUUGGAGUAAUUAUGUGGGGUUAUAAAGUAGUCGUACCAGUAACUUUAAGGGAUUAUGUACUUAAAGAGCUUCAUUCUAGUCAUUUAGGUAUUGUGAAAAUGAAAUCGGUAGCACGCAGCUACGUCUGGUGGAACGGUAUUGAUGAACAGAUCACAAAUAUGGCUAACAGUUGUUCUUCCUGUCUCCGGGAACGGAACAACCCGUCAAAGAGUCAAUUACAUGUUUGGCACUAUCCUUCCGCUCCCUGGGAACGUAUUCAUGUGGACUACCUAGGACCUUUUAAAAAUAAAAUGUAUUUAAUCGUCAUUGACGCUCACUCAAAAUGGUUAGAAGUAGGCGAAGUUAGUUCAACUUCCGCUAAACUAGCUAUAAGUUUUCUAAGAGAGCUAUUUAGUCGCUUUGGUCUACCUGUUACUUUACAUUCUGACAAUGGACCACCCUUUACCUCAUCGGAGUUUAAACAGUUCAUGGAAAUGAACGAUAUAAAACAUACUUUCAGUCCUGUGUAUCAUCCAAAAAGUAAUGGCCAAGCAGAAAACAGCGUGAAAUUUGCUAAAGACAAAUUAAAGCGAGCAUUUCAUGACAAUGCAGAUGCUAGCGUAGCCUUGAGUAGGAUAUUGUUUGACUACCGUAACUCUGUACAUAGUACUACCAAUGAAACACCAAGCAAGUUAAUGUUUGGCAGGAAACUGCGCACCCGGUUGGAUCUAUUGAGACCAAACAUUACCCAGUUUGUAAAUAAGAAACAAGAGGAGAGCAAAAAUAGUUUUAAUACAAAUAUUACUAGGGUAGUUUAUCCAGGUCAAACUGUAUUAAUGCGAGAUUACAGGUCAAACAACAAAUGGUUGCAAGGUAUUGUAAAUAAACAAAUCAGUCCUGUUAUGUAUGAAAUAGAGUUAAAUUCUGGCAUUGUAACGAAACGUCACAUAGAUCAACUGAUCGGUCUGAGUGACAGUUCGCUAGACAGAGACUCGAGUGCAGUAGCAGAAACUGUACCGAGAAACGUGACAACUCCUCCUUUCGCAAGCGCAGACGUAGACUUGGCAGCGCCGCAAUACCAAUCGCAGUGUAACUCUCCCCCUGCACAUGACGUAAAUCGAUCGCCAGUUGGCAUGGCAACCACUACGGCGAGUGGUGGAAGGGCAUUCUCUUCCCCCUCUACCCCUCACCGUACUACACCCGUAUCAGCGCGCGUAAAAUCAGCUGUUCUUGACAGCACCUGUAAAAGUCGGAUGCGACGCUAUCCUGAGCGCACUAGAAAACCUGUAAAUAAACUUGACUCAUAA